UACUUGUAACUAAAAACUCUCCAGAAAAUGUGAGACCAUGGUAUCCCUUGAGAAAGGGACUUCUUGAGUGGGCACUUGUUUAGGUACAAAGGUUUCUCAGUGGUGCAAAAAGGCAUUCUCCCAAUUCACACAGCACAAGUAAAGGCAGAACACAACAGCAGAAUGAGGAUUAUUGCUGUAAUUGGUUUACUCCUGAUCUGUGUGCAUACUGGAACCUCCUUGCUAAUCGGAGCAUUUAACAUUAAAUCCUUCGGGGACACAAAAGCAUCAAAUGCAACUUUGCUUGGCAUCAUUACCAAAGUCGUGCAACGAUAUGACAUUGUGCUCAUCCAAGAGGUGAGGGACAGUGAUCUCACUGCAGUUAAUAUACUGAUGAAGAGUGUUAAUGGAGGUUCCUCUGCAUAUGGGUACAUUGUGAGUGAGCCCCUGGGUAGGAGUACUUACAAAGAGCAAUAUCUCUUUAUUUACAGGCAUCAGAGUGUUUCAGUGGCAAACCACUUCCAAUAUGAUGAUGGAUGUGAAUCCUGUGGGACUGAUACAUUCAACAGAGAACCCUUUGUUGUGAUGUUCUCCUCUAAUACAGCUGUCCAGAACUUUGCGCUCAUUCCCCAGCAUACAUCCCCAGAAGUCGCUGUGCAGGAAAUUGAUGCUCUGCAUGAUGUUGUCUUGAAUACUAGACAACGUUGGAACACAAACAACAUCAUGCUUAUGGGAGACUUUAAUGCUGGCUGUAGCUAUGUUUCGAAUGCGAACUGGUCCAAAAUACGACUCCGUACUGACCAAAGUUACAGCUGGAUCAUCCCUGACAGUGCAGACACAACUGUCACACACACCAACUGCCCUUAUGAUAGGAUUGUGGCCACUUCAGACAUGAUGAGAGGAGUGUCCCCUGGAUCUGCACAGGUUUUUGACUUCAUGAAAGCCCAAGGAUUGAGUAACAGCUGGGCACUGGCAGUGAGUGAUCACUUUCCAGUUGAAGUCAAUCUUCUGUAAAAGAUCAAGGUUGUAUCCUCGCAGCAGAUAUACUAAUUAAAAGUUUGGACACUCUUGUCUGAAUUACUUUGAUUUUAAAUGUCUUUUGAUCUUAAUAAUUUAAAAUGCUUUGUUAUGCAGACAACUUUAAAUGGUUUCUUUGUAUAAAUGUCUUUAUAAAACUAAAAUGUAAUAAAAAAAAAUUGACUAAAUAGUAGAGGUAAAGCAGCACAAAAGUGCUCAGCAUUUAUGGGAAGUCCUUCAAUACUGUUCUGUCACUACGCAAUUCACAUACUUUCAUUUGUGUUAUAUAGCUUUGAUGACUUAACACAUUUUUUUUCAAAUGUGGAUUGUAAAAACGAUGAUGAUGAUGAUAAUAAAGAAUGAGUAGGUGCAUCCACACGUUUGACUGGUGUUGUAUAUCCUAAUAUGCUAGCACUUGUCAACAUUAGGCAAAAUGUGACACUGUCCUGCUCAUGGUGAGAAAUAAAAGAGCAACUUACUUACUUAAACGUCAUGCUGUUGCUAC